AUGGAAAGGAAGGGGAGUAGAUCUGGAGGAGAUUGUGAGGGACCUUCUGGGAUGGAAGAUAAGGAGGAUCUGGAGGUUGAGGUUGGUGAGAGGGACUUCUGGGAUGGAAGGGACUUUCUGGGAUGGAAGGUAAGGGAGGAUCUGGAGGUUGCGAGGGACUUUCUGGGAUGGAAGGUAAGGGGGGACCUGGAGGUCGUGAAACACCUUCUGGAGGGACUAGAUCUGGAGGGGAUGGAAGAGAAAGCUAAGGACAUUCUGGGAUGGAAGAUAAGGGAGGAUCUGGAGGCUGCGAGGGACUUUCUGGGAUGGAAGAUAAGGGAGGAUCUGGAGGUCGCGAUGGACUUCCUGGGAUGGAAGGUAAGGGAGGAUCCGGAGGUUGUGAGGGACUUUCUGGGAUGGAAAGGAAAGGUCACUAAUGCAGAGAAAAUACUGAAUGACAAAGUAGAUGUAGCGAAAGAAAACGUUGAUGAGGGAGUGGAAACCCUAACUGAAGGAAAGGAUAAACUUUUGGGAGAAGAAAGCCGGUUAGAAAAGGAGCUUGAGGGAGAGGUAGAAGCGGUGAAAGAGGAAGCAAGUGUGUUGAAGGAAGAGAUAAACGAAGCGAAAGAAGAGGUAACGGAAUUAAAGGCGGAAGAAGAGAAACUGAGAGCUGAAAUAGAUGAAGCAAAGAUAGAAGAAGAGAGGAUGAAAGAAGUAGUCAAAGAUGAGGAGGUGGUAGAGGACAAGGUAGUAGAAGAAAUCAGGGAGGAGGUGGUACUGGAGGAGAAGGUAGGAAGAGGAAUCAAUGCAGAGAUGAUGCUAGAGAAACACGUAGAGGAAGAACUGAAAGAAGAGAUGAUGCUAGAGAAACACGUAGAGGAAGAACUGAAAGAAGAGGUGUUGCUAGAGAAUAAGGUAGAAGAAGAACUUAAAGAAGAGGUGGCGCUAGAGAACAAGGUAGAAAAAGAACUCAAAGAAGAGGAGGUGCUUGAGAACAAAGUAAAUGAAGAACUCAAAGAAGAGAUGGCGCUUGAGAGCAAGGUAGAAGAAGAACUCAAAGAAGAAAAUGCGAUUGAAGAAAAGAUAGGGAAAGAAAUCAAAGAAGCAGAAGCGGAAGCGGAAAACAAGAGAUGCUUCCAGCUGGACGUACAUCAGCUGCAACUGUGUGUAUCAACCAUCAUGUAUCUGUACUGA